AUGGACUGGGAGGCCUUUUGCCCUUCCAUUAUUAACUUUACAAUGCCUCGGAAUCAAAACUUUUUACAAGUUUUCGAGACGACAUACAAUUUAUUCAGUGCAGAAUGGGCAGCACUAGGAAAGGAAGCUACAAAGCUACAUUGUGAGUAUGACUGCGCACGAGCACAGUUAGAACGCGAAGACUUUAGUGUACAACAAAACGCAAAUAUACAACUCCAGGAAUUACAGAACCAAAUGGCACAUAUUUAUCAGGAGGUCUCCCCCGCGAAAAUGCAAAGGCCCAGACGCAGAAUCAAUUGUAAGAAACGCAAGCGCAAUUGGCAGCAUCCCGCGCACAACUUAACCAAACGCUGGAGGAAUUGCGGCAGAUGCGCAAUCAGUAUACUGCGACGCAGUCUCAACUAG